AUGGAAAGUUUUGCUCUAUUGCACUAAAUCUCACCUCCCAAUCAAUUUUGGUGUCAUAAUUGUCAAAAAGAGGUAUAAACUAGGUUUGUUGAUGAAUUUGGGCAUUAAUGUGAUUAAUGCUAAGGAUUUUUCUGCGAAGCUAUAGAAAAUUAGUACGAUGAAGAGUAGCUUCAUCCACAGUAGUUUCAGCCGUUUUAAAUUGUCUAAAAUGAAAGUGAUGACAGUGACAACACUAUUCAAACUUUGAGCCUUGAAAAUAGUGCGCAGAGAGAUAAUGAAUGGGCUAGACUCUCCCCUCAAUUGUAGCAACAAUAUCCAAUCAAUACUCGGCUUCGAGGAAACGGAGGAAAUUAAAACCCAACGAAUCAUAAUAAUACCAUGAUCCCUAUUCAAAUUAAUAGUCAAAACAUAUAAAAUAGCAAUAGGACAGAUAGAAGUAGAAUAGAAAAUGUCAGAGACGUUCUUGAAGACUUGCCAUUGAAUCUAGAAAGGGGUGCUACUAUUGCAUCUGAUGGUUCAAUAACAUCCUAAGCCCUUUAGAAUAGUGAGUUACUUAGAACAAUUCUUGAUAUGGCUUUACAGCGCAUUAGAAACAAUAACUCCGAAUUCAACAACGCAGUUUUAACUCGUGCACAAAUAAGAGUUAUAGGAAACAAUGCAGGACCAUCGUAAUUUAGACUCAGAAGAUUAUUCCCAGAUUUCGGUUCUCUCUACAAUAAUAGUCCACAAGGAAUAUAUCAAGAUCUGAUUGAGGAUUACCUCGAUAGACCUGAGUUUCCCAUGGGUUUUGGAACUGAUUUAAUUAAAAUUAGUCGAUUCGGAACACCACCUGCAUCUAAAUUAGCUAUUUAAGCUCUAAAAAAUUACUGUAUCUUGGACUUCAAGAAUUCAAAUACUGAAUGUUGUGUAUGCUAAGAACUAUUUAAGGAUUACGAGCCUGACACUACUAAAUUGAUAAUCAAACAAUAACAAAAUUAAGUUGUUUCAAGCGAUUCAGAUUAAUAAAUGAAAGAGCCAAAUGAGUAGUAAAAUGAUUAACAAAAUCAAGAAGUAAUUAAGGUUCCUAAGAUUCUUGAAAUGCCAUGUACCCACAUGUUUCAUGAUGAGUGUCUUAUUCCUUGGCUUGAAAAGCAUAAUUCAUGCCCUACUUGCAGAUUCGAAUUACCUACUGAAGAUAACGACUAUGAACAAAGAAAAAUAUAGUAGAGAAAUAGAUAAAGUUAAAAUAUCAAUAAUAAUAAUGCCCCAAUUUCAACUAGUACAACCUUGCGAGGAAUAAAUGGACUACCGUUGAUGACUGAAAGAGGUGUUGGCCAUGGAGGAUAGAAUCAAAAUAGUGACUAGAUGGAGCAAUGA